AUGGCCUGCCUGAGUCCUUCACAGCUCCAGAAGUUCCAGGAGGAUGGAUUCCUGGUUCUGGAAGGAUUCCUGUCUGCAGAUGAGUGUCUGAUGAUGCAAGAAAGAAUUGGUGAGAUAGUGGCCAAGAUGGAUGUCCCUCUCCACUGCCGCACAGAAUUUUCCACCCAGGAAGAGGAGCAGCUCAGAGCUCAGGGCAGCACGGACUACUUCUUGAGCAGUGGCGACAAGAUUCGUUUCUUCUUUGAGAAAGGGGUUUUUGACAAGGAAGGCAAUUUCCUGGUCCCUCCAGAGAAGUCCAUCAACAAAAUUGGACAUGCUCUGCAUGCCCAUGACCCAAUCUUCAGGUGUGUCACACACUCCCCCAAGAUACAGCAACCUCACUUUGGCGGUGAAGUCUCGCCUCACCAGGAUGCCUCCUUCCUGUACACGGAGCCACUGGGCCGGGUUCUGGGCAUGUGGAUUGCACUUGAGGAUGCCACGCUGGAGAACGGCUGCCUCUGGUUUAUUCCUGGCUCGCAUACCAGUGGAGUGUCAAGAAGGAUGGUCCGGGCCCCUGCUGGCUCAGUGCCUGGCACUAGCUUCCUUGGGUCAGAGCCAACCUGGGAAGGCAGUCUCUUUGUGCCUACACCUGUGCAGAGAGGGGCCCUCGUUCUAAUCCAUGGAGAAGUGGUGCACAAGAGUGAGCAGAACCUUUCCAACCACUCUCGCCAGGCCUACACUUUCCACCUCAUGGAAGCUUCUGGCACUGUCUGGAGCCCAGAGAACUGGCUCCAGCCAACAGCUGAGCUGCCCUUUCCUUCGCUGUACACCUGA